UGUUUUCCUCUUCACUGUCAACGCAGACUUCCACAAUGGCUGGUGUGGCAUCUACGUUGGCCAAGAAGAGGGCAUUGGCCGCUGGGUUUGGCACUAAUGCCAACGCGUCAAAGUACCUAAACCAAGACUUCCAAUCUCUCAGGAGCGAGUGUCUGAGAAAAGGUUCGAUAUUUACCGAUUGCACUUUUCCGGCUGCACCCGAGUCGCUCGGAUUCAAAGAGCUUGGCCCGAAUACUUCCAAAACCAGAGGUGUGCAAUGGAAGCGACCCGGGGAACUGGUGUCCAACCCAGAAUUCAUCGUUGGUGGAGCCACGAGAACCGACAUCUGCCAAGGAGGUCUGGGUGACUGCUGGCUCCUGGCAGCCAUCGCCUCUCUGACCCUGAAUGAAGAUGUGAUGGCCCGGGUCGUUCCUGAAGGACAAGGAUUUGGACGUGGAGAGUACGCUGGGAUCUUUCACUUCCAGUUCUGGCAGUUUGGUGAGUGGGUGGACGUGGUGAUUGACGACCGGCUGCCAACGAAGGAUGGAAAGCUGCUGUUUGUUCACUCAGCCGAGGGCUCUGAGUUCUGGAGCGCCCUGCUGGAGAAGGCCUACGCCAAGGUAAAUGGAUGCUAUGAGGCUCUGUCAGGUGGCUCCACCACUGAGGGCUUUGAGGACUUCACAGGAGGGAUAGCAGAGAACUAUGACCUGAAGAAGGCUCCCUCCGACCUGUUCCAGAUCAUCAGGAAAGCCCUGGCCUCUGGAGCUCUGCUGGGCUGCUCCAUCGACAUCACCAGUCAAGCAGACUCGGAGGCCGUCACCUAUCAGAAGCUGGUGAAAGGACACGCCUACUCUCUGACCGGGGCUAUGGAGGUGAACUACCGUGGCCGCAAGGAGAAGCUGGUCAGAGUGCGUAACCCCUGGGGAACAGUGGAGUGGACUGGGGCCUGGAGUGACAACUCCUCGGAGUGGAACAGCGUUGAUUUUUCUGAGCGUGACGUUGUGAAAGCAGACGAUGGAGAGUUCUGGAUGUCGUACACAGACUUCAUGAAGAAUUACCAUCGUCUGGAGAUCUGUACUCUGACCCCUGACACCCUGACCUCCGAUGAUACAAAACAAUGGAGUGUGACCAACUACGACGGGGCCUGGAGGAAAGGAUCGACCGCAGGAGGAUGCAGGAAUAAUGCCCACACGUUCUGGAUGAAUCCCCAGUUCAAGAUCAAUCUGGAGGAAGAGGAUGACGACCCGGGGGAUAAUGAGGUGGGCUGUAGCUUCGUGGUGGGACUCAUCCAGAAGAACAGAAGACGGAUGAGGAAAGUAGGAGAGGACAUGCACACCAUCGGAUUCGCCAUCUAUGAGGUACCACAACAGUUCCACGGCCAGAGGGAGGUCCACCUGGAUAAGAACUAUUUCCUGACCCAUGCCCAGAAGGCCCGCUCUGAGACCUUCGUCAACCUGAGAGAGGUCAGCACCCGCUUCAAACUUCCCCCUGGAGAAUACCUCAUCGUCCCCUCCACCUUCGAGGCCGACCUGAACGGGGACUUCUGCCUACGAGUGUUCUCAGAGAAACAGGCCCAAUUUCACCACUGUGAAGACCGUGUAGAGGCUAAACUAGACAAUGACACUGUGUCUGAAGCAGAGGUUGAUGCUGGGUUCAGAGGUCUGUUCGCCAAGCUAGCUGGAAAAGACAUGGAGAUUUCAGCAGCUGAGCUCCAGUCGAUUCUCAACAAAAUCAUAGCGAAACGAACGGACAUAAAGACGGACGGCUUCAGCCUGGAAACAGCCAGAGUCAUGGUCAAUCUCAUGGACGACAACGGUAACGGACAACUGGGUCUGGGAGAAUUUGCGACACUGUGGAAGAAGAUCCAGAGAUACUUGUCCAUUUAUAAGAAGAAUGACAUGGAUAACUCUGGCACCAUGAGUACCCCAGAAAUGAGGAUGGCCUUGAAGGAUGCAGGUUUCAGUCUGAACAACGCCAUCCACCAGAUUCUGGUUGUUCGGUAUGGAGAGGCUGACAUGACCAUCGACUUUGAUAACUUUGUCGCCUGCAUCAUGCGGCUGGAGAUGAUGUUCAAGGUCUUCAUGAAGAUUGACACGGCUAAUACUGGCUCUAUUGAAUUGGACAUCCAUCAGUGGUUGUCAUUUACCAUGAUCUAGAACACUGCAGACAUAAAAAGACGACUGUAAAUCUGUCAACUUUAUGUUUGGAGCCAGGAGCGCAAGAAAGCUCUCUGCAAAUCAUUCAACCAAAGUGCCUUUUUAUAGACGUUUAUUUUGAAAACACGGUAUUACAUCACAUCCUGUUUUAAAUCUUUAUUUGUUUUAUUAGAUGUAGCCUAGCUGUCUAGGCCUAUUGAAAGUUGCUUACAGAUUAUAUUUGUGUGAUAAAUGUAUCACGAAGUUCCGAUCCUUUUUAUGCAGAUUUGUGUCGCUCAUUUUGUCAUGUUUUGAAAAGAAAAGCCUUUCUAUAUGUCUCAAAGCUAAUAAACACCAUUAUUAUUA